CACCGUCAAACAAAGCCCUACUUCUUCACCUCAUACCCCUUUGUCGUCAUGCCAGCAGAACCACUGAAUGACCAACAAACCGAGUAUCUGGAAAGCCAGUUGACUUUAUGGCGCCGUCUCGGAAUGGACCGACCACCAAAACGACAGAGCCUGAUCGUUAGCAUACGCGUCUCCGAGCUCGGACGCGAAGUAUCAUCUCAAGAAGUCGGACGCUGGUUCUCCAACCGCGUCAAAGACGACCGCGGCCAGCCCCGCCAAACCAAGAAAACACCCGAACAGCUCGCCGUGCUCGAAGCAUCCUUUGAAAUGGAUUGCACGCCCUCUGUCCAGGAGCAGAUCUGGCUUAUACAGGAGACGGGGCUCACGCGUAGGCAGAUCGUCUCGUGGUUUGAUUAUCAGCGGAAAAAGCUUGAGGAUGAGCCUGGUGUUUAUGUUGAGAGGUAUUAUCCUACGGAUGAGGAGGUGAAGGAUAUGGCAGCCCGUGCUAAUCAAGCGGCGGCACAGUGGAGAGAGUACCGAAAGGCUGGUGGGAAGGGCGCAGAGUGAUCUCCUGGUUCGAAUUUUUUUUAAAUCUGCAGUUCUGCCUUGUCAGUGAAACGUAUCUAGGAUACCAUUAUGGCAUAAUUAC